GCCACUUCUAUAGAGCCGUACAGUGAGCAACGAUAUUACCUAUAUCUAGCUGCUUAACUCUGAGGUUCAAGAGACCUUGUUAGCUUCACAGCUCCCCCUUCUAACCGACCAAAUUAUUUAAGAGAAAAGGCAAUUAUUACUCAAGAUUUUUAUAUUUGAUCGAUGUCCCAUAAUACUGAGUUGGAAGCUGAGUGGGUAGAUAGAGAAAUUGCAAAACUCAAACAACUGAUCGCAAAGGAGGAGAAUGAGAUGAGAGACGACGCGCGUCUGUCGCAAGUUUCAAAUUCGAUUGGCAGAACGCAAUCACCGAGAAAUUUCCUGACCUCAAUUUCACUACCGCGACCGCGCCAAGCACAUAUACUAGCAGCAUCAGAAACAUCAGAAUCACCACAGCAAAUAGCCAGAUCAAACUCAUCUCAAAUGCCAGACAUUCUUGGACAAUGGGGGAGUCUAGAAACGUACAGCAGAUUCAACUUUGAAGCUCUUCAGCAUGCCCUCAAGCAGGCUCUCACUGGCGGUCAAAGAAACAAUGCCAGCACAUGUGCAGGUCAAGUGGAAUCAACAGCAGAAAUGGAGGCGAAUGAUCAAGAGUCUGAGUUGGAAGCUGCCUUUCUGAAAGACUCCGAUGAAGAAAUUGAAGAUGACGGCGAGGAUGGAGACGAAGACUGGGAUGAAUAUUUCGAUUGUGAAGAGAAGUUGAGCGACAAGGAUUACUUUUUCUACGACGGAGUUCUCCAAGAGGAAUUAUCUGGCUACCAAAACAACCAGACAGGGCGAAGUUCUGGAGGAGACGAGUCUAAGUUUGCAGUGCAUCUAUUCAGCAAUCCACUGCAAUCGCUUGAAGACCGGGAGAAUAGUGUUGAUGUUGGUCGGCCUAACUCAACCAAGCCAAACAAGCCACCAAAUAAACUAUCCAGAACCUGGGUCACACGCUUUCUGGCCAAGAAACAUAAAAGCAGACCACACCGCAAGCCUAGGGGACCUGGCAGAUAUAUAUAUCCAUCCAGCGGGGAUGCAUUAUUUCUACUCAUGAAAGGAAUCAACGUAAAUGGUGCACGACCAACUAGAGGAGAUACCGAGCUAUUGCGACAUCAGAGACAUCGUAAAGCAGGUCAGUAUGUCUCGUUUUCUAGUCCAUUGAGAUACUGCUGGAGUUAUAUAUCAUGUAAAGAAGAAGCUGGUUAAAUGCUUGGUUUCAGUUCUAAGGGUUCGGGCAGCAGGUUGUUAAGCCAUGGGUAUGUGGCUGCGUUUUAGAAUAUACA